AUGGAUGAGUUCAUACUUUUGCCUGUCUUCCAUGUAUUAUUAUGUUUGGUUUUGUUUCUCACGGUUCGUUUUUGCAAACGAUGGCGGAACGCUGCCAGAAGGAACAAUGAUUUGAUCAAUGAGGUUAUAGAUGUUGCUGCCACCCAUUCAGGUGCCUCUCUGACAUCUGCCGGAGUCAACAAGGAUCUCAUCAAUUCUCUGCCUGUGAUUCAGUUCUCAUCUCUCAGUUGCUCAAGUUGCGGAUUAGAGGAAUGUGCCAUCUGCCUCGCCAAGUUUGAAGACACAGACGCACUUCAUUUGCUGCCCAAGUGCAGACAUGCAUUUCAUGCAGAAUGCAUACGCCAAUGGCUCGCUGACCACUGGAGCUGCCCAGUUUGUCGGCAAAUGGUGGAAGCUGAAGACUUUAGGUCAUUUCCAUGUUUGGAUGGCUUACUGAAUCCAGGCAGCUUGGAGCAGACGAUUCAAAUUGAUAAUGAUGGUUGUGUUCAGAGUGAGACCGGGGAAAACUUGGUGAAAGAAAUUGGAGGAUGCAGCAAUUCCUCAGGCGGUGCAAAUACAAACAAGGAUGAUUCACAGAUAAACACUUCUGUUUCUGACAUUAAACCACAACUGGUGCAGCCGUAA